AUGACAAACUUGUUAAAUAGAGCUGAGUGCAAUGUGGAGCACCAUUUGAGCCACGUGACCUUGACGUUGGCUUCGACCUUCAUCCUCGUCUCCAUGAGCAUCGAUCGUGUCUACGCCAUCGCCAAGCCCCUCAGCUGGUCAACUGGAGAUACCGCAAAGUUUUGGUUGAUCCUAUCUUCCUGGUUGUCAGCCUUCCUCCUCUCCCUGCCAAUCUUCACUCUCUCUACUGUUAAAUGGGAUGGACCGAUCCUAGCGGAGCAGUGCGUCUACGUUGACAUGAACUCAUUUCACUGGCAGGUUUAUGUGACAGUGUCAGCAAGCAUCGUCUUCAUCAUUCCUGCCAUCAUCAUUGCCAUUUGCUACAUCAUCAUUGUCUCUAUAAUCUACAAAUCAUCUAACAAGAAGUUGAACCAAGGAAGAAGAAACAUCGAGUCGAGCCAGCCGACAAUGGAACAUCAUCAUUUCUCCUCUUACAUCAACACCUCUAACUACUUAAAGACCAUCGGCAAUAAAGACGCUCAGAUCGCCCAACCAUCUACAUCAAAAUGCUCGUACAAUUUGGACGACUUCCAAAGAAGAAGCAUCAAAGACAAAAUAAACAAGACAACAUUGUACGACAAAAUUAAGCUGGAAGUUUUGAGAGCAGACAAGAAGAACGCGGAUGACAACCGCAAGGAAUUCGACAUCCAUCCAAAGGCAUCCCAUCAGCAGCAGAAGAACACAACCGACACGAACAAAAGGAACAAGCUCUCCGCCGACAACACUGCUGCUGGUGUGUAUCCAAAGGCAAAGAUUAAAUCCAUUAAAAUGUCCUUCGCCAUUGUGUUAGGUGAGCAUUUUUUCAUCUCAAUCUAUUCUGAUUUGACUGUUAAGGGGUCUUAG